ACUCAGAAAAUCUCAGAAAAAAAAGCCAGACUGUAAUCUUCUCACUGUAGAGAGAGAAAGAGAGAAAGAGAAUGGGUUCAGUUGUUGUUGUUGUGACCGUAGUAAUUGAAUUCAUAAAUGGAUUUCAACAGUAGAGUGGAUGGGUGCAGUUAUCAUGGCGGCGUAGCAGAGACUCUAAUUCCGUGCCAUAAUUGCGCCGAGAGAACAACUCAAUACACACAAACUACACCAAAUUUAACCAAACACAACACAUGCACUCUUUUCUUUCUUUCUUUUUUUCCCAUUUUUAAUUUCACUUUUUUUUUUAUUAUUAAAAAAUUAGGUGACUUAGGUCCCAAAACUCUCGAGAAUUAAGACAGAUUUAGGAUUCAAUGAGUGCUUAACGAUAUUUAUCGAUCAUUCACGAAAGUUGCAUAAAUCAAAUUUACACUCUGACGAAGUGUAAGUCAACUACUUAUCGACCGAAUCAACUUGCUUCUGUCGUCGGUUAUUAAUAUUAAUUUUUUGUCUUUCCUUGUCUUCUACUUUUUGUGAUUUAGAAAUAGUUUUUUAUACCUCAAAAGCUGCAACAAAAAAGUAUGAAAAAGAAAAACUCCAAUUAACCUGACCAGAACUAGUUACAUUAACAAAGCGAGUGAGAGAGUCAACAAAAAAAUUCUAAAUGAAAAAAUUUGAGUGGGUGAAAAUUAAUAAUUAAACCUAAACUAAACCACUUACUUAAUUUGCACUUGAAACCAAACAAAAUUACGGUUAUAGUCACUGAUCACAAAGAAAAUACAGUACAAUUAUACAUAUAUUCUCUCUCUUCAAAACUAAUUUAAGAUUCUCGAAGCUUCUUCUUCUUCUUAUUAUUUUCAACUGAUAUGGAUGUUAUUGUUAUUGUUAUAAUAAUUAUAACUGAAUUGUUGAAAAUCGUUUCACUUUUCUGUUACAAAACAACAUGGCAGGUUUCUUCUCUCUAAGUAGUGGAAGAGGAAAAGAAGAAGCAAGAGAACAACAACAAGAAGAAAAUAACAAUAAUAAUCAGUUUCAUUUCAGAAACGAAGAGAUCUACAACAAAGGCUUUGAGAUAUGGCCACAACAAUCUUCUUUUCAUCAUCAACAACAGCAUCAACAAAACAUUAACAAUUUCUACUCGUUCGGAGUUGGUAGUUCAUCUCGAAGAAACGAAAACACCACCAGUAAUAACUUACAUGAUGAUGUUUCCGUUUCUUUUUCCGAUGAAUCGACGAGAUUUGGAUUAACUGUGAUAAGGUCUGGUGGUGGUGGAGGCUUAACCGGUGGAGGGAUGAACUGUCAAGACUGUGGUAACCAGGCUAAGAAAGAUUGUCCUCAUCUUAGAUGUAGGACUUGUUGUAAGAGUAGAGGGUUUCAGUGUCAAACUCAUGUUAAAAGUACUUGGGUUCCUGCUGCUAAACGACGUGAGCGACAACAACAGCUCACGUCGUUGCAGCAGCAAAACCAGCAACAUCAGUUUCACUCGUCAAGAAGACACAGAGAAAAUCAAAACGAUCCUACUACUGGAGGAGCUUCUGGUUCUCUUGCCGGUAGUCCAAUACCUAUCACUACAACAGGGUUGGAGCUGGGAAAUUUUCCACCGGAGCUGAAUUCUCCGGCGGUGUUCCGGUGUGUGAAAGUGAGUGCAAUGGAUGCACAAGAUGAGCGUUACGCGUAUCAAACGGCUGUGAACAUAGGAGGAAGAGUUUUCAAGGGAAUUUUGUAUGAUCAAGGACUUGAAGGUAAUUAUACUAGUGCAAAUGCUGCUGGUGGUGGUGAGGGUUCUUCUGGUGGUGGUGGCGGCGGCGGUAGUGGUGAAGGAAAUCUACAAAAUUUGAUUACAACUACCACAACAAAUGUUAGUAAUCCUUUUGAGUAUUCAUCACUCUAUCCAGCUCCAUUGAAUGCUUUCAUGGCUGGUACGCAAUUCUUCCCACCUCCAAGAUCCUAAAGAAGUGCCUCAAUUUCAAUCUAUCUAUUAUAUCUAUUUCAAUAAUUAUUUGAUUAAACUAAGUUUAUUAUUUUUAUGAAUGGAUUAAUGUUAAUUUCUAUGUUUAUCUUAAUUUACAUUAUCAGCUUUGGAAGUAGUAUUUUGUACUAGUAGUGUUUUUUAGCUACACUAGCUAGAGUAUGGUUAUGUGUUGACAAAUGAUUAUGAUUAUGAUGAUGAUUAUUCAGAAUGCACGAAAUUAAAGGGUGCUGUGGAAUGUUUAAUUUGUUUUGUUUGUGUUUUGUCCAAAUCUCAGUUCAGAUUUUUAUGUUACUAUUUUGUUCUUAUUGAAAUUCUCUCUUUU